UCAAAACUGGAGGGACUGGGUUUACAGGGUGCUAACUGGACACUAAUUACUGCCAUCUGGUGCAAUUCCAGACAUCUCCUGAGAAGGAAGGAGUGCAGCUCUUGGCACCAAUUGGCUAAUUCAAUUUACUUCAGCAGCAUUAACCUCUGUCAGAAUAUUCAUGAGCAGGAGAAUGGGAAGCAGUGGCACAAGCAGGCACAAUCCACUCACAGAGAGAGAGAGAGAGGGAGUAUGUGAAUGAGCAAGAUUCCAGCAUCGAACUCCCAGAGAAUAUCGAUCCGCAGCCUUCCAGCCCCUCACACUGAGCGCGGGCACACUCACACACAGUGCUGGCGGCAGCCUGGAGGAGCUGUCACAGAGGAGUCAGGGGACGGCACACGGGCUCUGGGAAGCAGCUGAAUGUAUAUCCAUCGAGAAGCUGGUGAAUGUUCGUAUCAAGUGAUUUGCUGGUCCUAAGAAGACAAGUGGAUUCUGCAUGUGAGCUAAUGAUCCAGAGAAAGUCAUCUGUAGCAGAUUUUCAAUCUGAUUGACCAGUGACAAGAAACCGACAGAUUUGCACUAGAAAUAUCCUUAGUGGAGAAAGCAGGAUCACUUACAGAAAAUAAUAAAAAGAACUUGGAAAAAGGAAAAGAGCUUCCUACAUAUCUAUCAUCGUUCUCAACUACCAUCAAAGCCAGUAGCCAAGAUCAAACAUCUUUCACAAGUCGUCUAUUUAUUUUAUACUGACUAAUAAAGAAGUUUCAAAACAGCAAAGGGAAAAAAAAAGGAAAAAAACAAUUAAUAAGAAUCUUCAACAGAAUGAGAAACAGGGAGAGAGGCCUGCGGUUCUGUGUGUACUGGGUGUUGCUAUUGGAAUUGACAAAUGCAGCUUGUGGAUUUUCAAGUCCACUUAUCACAGAUUUGGACGGUAACUCAGAGAACAAACAGUUGCUACAUCGUCGACUCAAAAGAAGCUGGGUAUGGAACCAAUUCUUUGUUUUGGAAGAGUACACAGGAACAGACCCUCUUUAUGUUGGCAAGCUCCAUUCAGACAUGGAUAAAGGAGAUGGUUCAAUCAAGUACAUCCUUUCUGGUGAUGGAGCAGGGACCAUGUUUACAAUUGAUGGUACUACAGGUGAUAUCCAUGCAAUCCAAAGACUGGACCGAGAAGAGAGGUCUCAAUACACCCUUAGAGCACAAGCUCUGGACAGAAGGACUAGCAGGCCAAUGGAACCAGAAUCUGAGUUCAUCAUAAAAAUCCAAGAUAUAAAUGACAAUGAACCCAAGUUCCUUGAUGGUCCUUAUACAGCUUCAGUUCCAGAAAUGUCACCAGUUGGUACCUCUAUUAUCCAGGUGUCAGCGACAGAUGCAGAUGAUCCUACUUAUGGAAGCAGUGCGAGGGUUGUGUACAGUAUUUUGCAAGGACAGCCGUAUUUCUCUGUGGACACUAAAACAGGUAUAAUCAGAACAGCUUUAACAAACAUGGACCGGGAAGCAAGAGAGUAUUAUGAAGUCAUUAUCCAGGCCAAGGAUAUGGGUGGACAGCUGGGGGGAUUGGCUGGCACAACUACAGUUAAUGUCACUCUAAGUGAUGUGAAUGACAACCCUCCUCGAUUUCCUCAGAAACACUACCAGAUGAAUGUUUUGGAAUCAUCUCCAGUGAAUUCUACUGUUGGGAGAGUUUUGGCAAUGGAUCUGGAUGAAGGAGUUAAUGCUGAAAUGAAGUAUACUAUUAUAGAUGGAGAUGGGAUGGAUAUGUUUGAUGUCAGCACAGAUCCCACAUAUCAAGUUGGAGUUAUUACCGUCAAAAAGCCACUGAAUUUUGAAAACAAGAAAAGUUACACCCUUAAAAUUGAGGGUGCCAAUCUACACUUAGAAGUACGCUUUCUCAGCCUUGGACCAUUUCGGGAUACCACCUCUGUACAUAUUAAUGUGGAAGAUGUGGAUGAACCUCCUGUUUUUGAGUCAAAUGUUUAUUUUGUGGAAAUUUCUGAAGAUGCUGAUCUUGGAACCACAAUACAAAUUGUUUCUGCCAAAGAUCCAGAUGCGACCAACAAUUCAAUCAGGUACUCAAUUGACAGGAACAGUGACCCAGGGAGAUAUUUCUAUGUUGACAUCACCACAGGAGCGCUGAUGACAGCAAGGCCAUUGGACAGAGAGGAAGUGUUGUGGCAUAACAUCACGAUUUUAGCAAUGGAGAUGAAUAAUCCAUCACAGAUUGGCAGUGUUCCAGUUACCAUUAAGGUUUUGGAUGUUAAUGAUAAUGCUCCAAUAUUCACUAAAUUCUACGAGACCUUCAUGUGUGAAAAUGUAAAGGCUGGACAGCUGAUUCAGACCGUAAGUGCCAUAGACGAAGACGAUCCGCAAGAGGGACAACACAUCUACUACAGCUUGGCACCCGAGGCAGCAAAUAAUCCAAAUUUCACCCUAAGGGACAACCAAGAUAACACGGCUUGGAUUUUAACCAGAAGAUCAGGCUUCAGCCAGGCUGAACAGAGCACCUUUCAUAUUCCUAUUUUAAUCGCAGACAACGGACAACCCAUGCUGAGUAGCACCAGCACCUUGACUAUCCAAGUGUGCAGCUGUGAUGACGAUGGAGAUAUCAUGUCCUGUAAUGCCGAGUCAUAUACUUUACCCAUAAGCCUCAGUAGAGGGGCGCUCAUCGCUAUUCUUGCCUGCAUAUUUGUCUUACUAGUCUUGGUUCUUUUGAUAUUGUCCAUGAGGAGACACAGAAAGAAGCCUUACACUAUUGAUGAAGACGAUAAUGUUCAUGAGAACAUUGUACGCUACGAUGAUGAAGGAGGAGGAGAAGAGGAUACAGAGGCAUUUGACAUUGCAGCUAUGUGGAACCCAAGAGAAGCCCACGUAGGGAAAAGUAGGCAAGACAUGCAACCAGAGAUCGAAAGUCUUUCACGUUAUGUACCGCAGACGUGUAUGAUGAACAAUAAUGUUCACAGCUACAUGCUAGCUAAACUCUACGAGGCAGAUACAGAUGUCUGUUCACCUCCAUUUGACUCCCUUCAAACAUAUAUGUUUGAAGGGGAAGGAUCUGUGGCUCAGUCUUUAAGUUCAUUACAAUCAUUAAGUACAGACUCAGAUCAGAGCUAUGACUACCUAACAGAUUGGGGUCCACGAUUCAAAAAGCUUGCUGAAAUGUAUGGUGCCAAGGACAACAAUGGAUCUUUGUGAUGGCAGUAUGAAGAUAUGAUCAUUUUAAAAAGGUUCACUGAGCCCGACCCCAUUUGAAUACAUUUGCUUAGGUAUUUAAGAAGAUAUACAGAGAAAGACAUGGAUAACAUGAUUACAUCACCAGAUAUGGAUGAGAAAAAGGGGGUAGCUUGCUCUGGAUCAGCUUUAUUUGGUCAUCAAUUUGUGUUUAUGAAGAAAAAUAUGUGGAUAACAUUCAUAGAAUGAAGAAGAUAAAACAGAUACCUGGAUUACAAAUGGACGUAGUGCCAAAAAGUUCCAGAGUAAUAAGACAUAUAUUUUUAUACAACGCUCACAUGUUUGUUAUAUAGACCCGUGGAGCCAUUAAGUGUGAAAGGACUUUAGAACACAUUGCAAAAUCCUCCAGCAAUCCUAAUGAAAAAAAAAAAAAAAAAAAAAACAGCAUAAAAUGCUAUUAACUUAAAAUGAACAUUAUUUGUCUAAGUUAAAUUAAAUUAUGUAUACACACACAACAUUCAUGUGAUCCAAAAACAUAAAAGUCUUGAAUAUUUACUUAUAUUCCACUUUAAUCUUUAAAACUAAGAUGAUCACACAUUCCCACAGCCACGCAUAUAUUUAAUAGAUAUUGCCUCAUUGAUGAACUAUAACAAUACUAAUAGUCAAUGUAAUAUAAAUCCUUUUUUUUUUUUUAUCUGAGCCAUUUUUCCGUGGCACUUCUCAAACUGAAUCAUACUGAACUGUAUCUAGUCGCACAGGAUGUGUUAGUCCACGUGCCACUUGCAAAUAGUAGAUGUCAAAAAAAAAAUGAAAGCCAAAUACAUCAUUCAACAAUUUGAGUGCAGGAGUUUUGGCUUGCACUCUACCAUGGCACUUAGAUUGUUACGACAUAUACUCCGUUCUGUAGGCAUUAGAGGACUUUCCUAAUAUAUGUCAGUGUACACCAAGAACUAUUUACACGCGUGUAAUUACCUAGCUGAACAAAUCCAACAUUGAAGAAAACUGAGAAAAUGCAAAAAAAAAAAAAAAGUUUUUUUGUACAUUUGUCAAUAAUUUUGGUAAUAAAAUAUGAUGUACUG